GAGCGCGCGCGGUUCAGAGAGACGGAGAGAGAGAGAGCAGGAAGUUCGCAAACAGAAAAAAAAACAAACAAAAAAAAACCAACGAUAAAUUAAAAAUAAUUAAAACAUUUUGUCCCGAAUAUGGAUAACUCCAGAGUGUAACAGUUUGCGGGUCGCUAUCGGAGCGGGGGAAUCGUUUUGGAAGAAAAAAAAAUAUUAUAAAUAUAAACGGAAGUUUCUCACCCCGUCGCCUACUAGCGCUAGCUUAGCCUAGCUUAUUAGCUUAGCUUAGCCUAGCUUAGCAUAGCUCGACUUUGCUAACAAGGCUAAGCUAACGAGAAAGAGCGAGAGAGAGAGAAAGAGGGAGGGAGGUGAAAAAGGACGGAAACAUUCACACAGUGCUUGCUCGCUCAUUUCUGUGUCUAAAAUAAACAUUUUAAAGCUAAACAGUUAGCGGAGAAGCGACACCAUUUUGUUUUUAACAUCCGGGUUCUUUUGUUGCUUCCAGUCAGAAAAGUUAAAUUCGCCACACACAUAUAUACAGACACACGCACGCGCGCGCGCUCUCGUUCUCUCUCUCACUCACACUCUCUCUCUCUCUCUCUCUCUCUGGCACGCGCUGAACUGAAGGCCUGCAUGUGUCUGAGGAGAGAAACAACCACAUUUUAUAGUAAUAAUUAUAAGAAUUAUAAUUUAUAACAGGGAAGAUGUCGGCCCAGGCGCAGAUGCGAGCCAUGCUGGACCAGCUGAUGGGCACAGGCCGAGACGGAGACACAAUGCGCCAGAGGAUCAAGUUCACGGAUGAGAGAGUGUGUAAAAGUCACCUGCUGGAAUCCUGCCCUCACGACAUCUUAUCAGGGACGCGUAUGGACCUGGGCGAGUGUUUAAAAGUGCACGACCUGGCUCUGAGGGCGGACUACGAGAUCGCCUCCAAACACCAGGAGUACUUCUUCGAGCUGGACGCUGCCGAACACUUGCAGUCGUUUAUCGCGGACUGUGACCGGAGGACCGAACUCGCCAAGAAACGACUGGCCGAGACUCAGGAAGAGAUCAGCGCGGAGGUCGCUGCCAAGGCAGAGCGUGUGCACGAACUGAACGAGGAAAUCGGGAAGCUGCUGGCGCGAGCGGAGCAGCUGGGUGGAGAGGGAAACGUGGAGGAGGCUCAGCAGGUGCUGGAGAAGGUGGAGAAAACGCGUGCUCUCAAAAGAGAGGCGGAGGACAUAUACCGGAACUCCAUGCCAGCCUCCAGUUUCCAGCAGCAGAAGCUGAGGGUGUGUGAGGUUUGCUCCGCCUACCUCGGCCUCCACGACAACGACCGCCGCCUCGCCGACCACUUUGGCGGGAAGCUGCACCUGGGCUUCAUCGAGAUCCGAGAGAAGCUCGAGAAACUGAGAAAAGCAGUGGUGGAGAAGCAGGAGCGGAUGCGUAUGAAACGGCGGGAGGAGAGGGAGCGAGAGGAGGAGAGACAGAGAGAGUGGGAGAUGGAGAGAGAGAGGGAGCGUGAACGUGAGAGAGAAAGAGAGCGGGAGAGGGAACGGGAACGGGAGAGAGAGAGGGACAGAGAGCGCAGGAGGUCCAGAUCUCGCAGUGGGGACAGAUACAGGGAUGGUGGAAGCUCGUCGUCUCAUCGCUCGCGGCGACAUCGCUCGUCCCACUCUAGAGACCGGGACCGGGAGAGGAAGCACAGACAUAAAGACCGCCAUCGCUCUCGCUCCCACUCUCACAGGAGGAAGAAGAAGAGGUCGUCGCACACCCGAGAGCGGGAGCGCUCCCUGUCGCAGGAGCGAUGGAGAGAGUACGGAGGAGAGGACAGGUGGAGGGAAGACAGCCGGAGAGACACGGAGCGAGAGCCGGGCGAGAGAGAGAGGUCGAUCUCGUCCCCGGAGAUGGGCAGACUGAGGGGCAGAGAGAGAUCCGUCUCCGUGGAGAGAGAGAACCGCUCCAGCUCAGAGGAGAGGGAGUCAGGAGAGAUAUAAACAGAUCGAGAGAGAGAGAGAGAGAAUGAUGUCGGUUGCUAUGCUUUCACAUGACUUCCUGUCCGUGUUCUUUAUUUCUGUGUGUUAGCUGAUCUGUCGGUGGCUGGAUGGGCUUGGCAGAGAUGCACAGUGUCUCAUCAUAAAUCUGAAUUUUAGCACAAUUAGGCCUUAUUUACUACGACACAGACAUGCUGUGUAUCUGAUAUUCUUUUGACGACUAAAUAUUAAAAGAAAAAUCUCAUCCUCAACUGCA